CAAAAGAGCAUGCAUAAUUUCUUUCCAACACAAAGGCAAGGCGACCCCCCCCAGAGAAGCAAACAAAGAAGCAAACAAGCAAGCGAGCAAAGGGACAGACAAACAAGGCAACCCACAACACCGCGCCGGCUGACACCAGCAGGGCAACGCACACCCGGGAGAGGCAGCGCUGCAUCCUAAAGCCAAAGGGAAGCCCAGCAUCGGAGCCAAGAAGGCGAGACCGGCAGCCAACCAGCCGCCGAGCCCCACAACUCACCGGUAGCCAGCCACCCACGCCCCCAAAGACCGCCAGGACUAUUCCCGAAGCGCACAGGGGGCCCACAAUCCAGGGCAACCCAAACUCCACCACUGGCAACAGCCCCGCUCGGCAAGGCCACAUCACCACAACCCCACACCACCGGCACCCCGGUCCGGUGAAGGCAGGUCCACAGUUGCAGCCCUGGCUCUACUUGCACCCGUGCUUGUGAUGGGAUGGGAUUGUGUCAACCGUGUAGUUAAAAAAGGGACAUCUAUGGUGGGCUGUCUUCUACGUUCCCAAGGGGUGAAUAUACUAUAACAUGUCAACAUGAGGGUUCGUGUUUGUCUUAGUUUUUCCAUCGAGGUCUUUGGAUGGAAGCAGAGUGCCACCAAGUGCUCGCAAGUCUCACCGAGUCCCCUCUCAUCAUGCCUGGUCAGUGCCCACUCAAAAUGUUUUUGUGUCUAUUUUGUUAUUUAAAAAAAAAUCAUUUUCAUGUCGACAUAUCUUAACACAUGACAACCGUCAUGUGUCAAGAUAUGUUCAGCUUGCCAAAUACUUGCUAGAUUCCUUUGGAUUAGAUGCCGUGACAAGUGAUGUAAUCUGUGAUGAUUGGCAUGCGAAACACGCUAAUUUCAUUGUGUUGCUGGAUUCAAGAUGAUAAAGGAGCCCUUGUGUGUCCAGGAAUGCCUUUGCUCUUUAUGCCAGGCUACCCCAACCAGGCCCCUUACCCAGUGCCCCACCAUAAGGGCCAACCAGUGGCCACUUACCCCGAAUUUCAUGGCAGCUAAGGAGACUCUGCUCAAACCUCCCCUCCAGCUUCCCCAAACCCUAAGUGUCUGCUUUGAGGGGCAACUGAGUCUGAGGCACGGCAGGAGAAGUGGAACAGCCACGAGGCAGCCCCAUCUAGGCCCGGACCAAGCAGGAAGGAACCAAGGACAUACGACUGAUGGGCCACCCACCACAGCCCUUACCGCCCCCAGGCAACCCCAGGGAAGAGCCCACCCACUAGGAGAGCGGAAGCAGAUGCAGCAACUGGCCAGGACAGGUAGGGGGAAAGGGAACCAGCCUCCUAGGUACAGUAUGGGACUUGGGCUGCAAGCAGCAGCCAGUUUGCAGCCCACACCCGACCUGCCAGGACACUCAGCCUGGCCCGCCCGACCCCGAAAAACAGCCCCACCAAAACCGGAGCCCAAAACCAACACACACCACGGACCAAUCACACACCCCAAGAGAGCCCUGACCGCCCCCAAAAUGGCAAGCCCUGCACCCCAAUCUACACACACCACCACGGCAGCCUAAGGGGCCACUCCACAGCAACCCCAAGGGGACAGGGCCCAGUAGGGAAAAGGACGGGGCUGCGCCCACAAAGGAAGCCACACUCAGCCCGCCAGGAACUUCGUGCCAUCUCUGAUUCACCCCCUCAUCCGCCCACUCGUCCGCACAUCCUUUUCUUCUUUUCACUUCACAUUGCUUUUCUUUCACUUUCUUUCACCAACUGUUAAUUGUGAAGAUGUUGGCUGUUUGUUCUGUCUGGGUGACGUCAGCUAGACGGACUCUAAUAUGAGAGGUUUCCAUUACAAUAACGUUUGAAUCUGUGCCUGCCUAUGUGCGUGCAUACGUGCGUGCGUGCAUGUGUGUGUGCACGUGUUUGGUGCCAUCCAUGGCCACCACCCAGCACGUAGCCUUACUCAGGCACGUUUUCCUUUUUCCUCUCUUGCCGCCCUGUCCUGAUUAACUCUGAAAACAUAGCGCUCGAGCAGCCAGAUGGGGCAGAUAAUUAUCAAUAAAGCAAUAAGGGAACGGCCGACAGUCAUGAUGUCAUUUGCUGAUUACUGUCUGGACGCACAUUUAAGGACCUCAUGUGACCAUUGUUGUCGUUUCUGGUACCCUUCUAUGACUUAGAACAAGGGCGUCCACAUUUUUUCUACCGAGGGCCGCAUAAUGAAAAAUCAAAGG